CGCAACUUGAAAUACUGGUAUCAGACACGGUCGUUAUGCUUGAAUUUUGCAACGUUCUGAAGUGAUGCAUAUGGAGACAGAAAUAAGCUGAUCGUUGAACCGCCAAUGUGCUAUGCGUAACCGGCACUCGAACAAACAACACAAACUGAAUAACGUAAAGAACUUUCCUAUCCAUCUAAAAUAGCCGUGACGAAAACGUGCAUUCGACGUGCUGCCGAGGUUUUUGUCAAAACAAAAUCAGCAGAUGGCCAUUGGUGACGGAGAUAUCGUACGAACUUUGGAAUUUGUAUUUGUUCGAAUUUGAGUCUAAUAGCAGCAGCCGUUGGGUCGUAGAGAAUACGAAAUGGCAACAACAGCGGACAGCCAACAGCUGGAUAAUAUUGAGCAGUUUGGACAAAUCCAACAUCUACAACAUCGAAUUGUCGAUCUCGAGUCGUAUUUGGAAAGAGCCGGCUUACUCGGCCAGCAACUUCUCGACCAACUUAAUCACAAAUCAAUAGAGUGCGACGAAUUAGUGGAGCAUCGUAUCGCGCUCGAGGUGGAGCUGGAGGAUCUUAGACAACGACGGCAUGCCGCUGAGAGACAGGCAGAUCUUGCGACCGCUCGUGAACAGAAUGCACUUGCGGAAAUCGAUAUGCUCAAAUCAGUGGCAGAAGAAAACGACCGUUUGUGCGCUGAAAAACGAAAUUUAGAAGAACUACUUCGGCGCUCGGUUCUGGAAAAGGAUCAAAGAAUGCAAAACUCCAUUGAGUUAGAGGAAGAACUUAAGGCAAUACGAACUCAGUUGGCAAUCGCCCAUACUGAGAUCAUGAAGUAUAGACAGAAAGAGUCAUCAAAGAAAGAUAUGUCGCCAGUAAAAGACGUCUUUGAAUCGGACCCAUUCAAUUCCGCUGAGGCGGCGAUCCGAUUAGCGGAGGCUCGUGAGGAAAACGAUCAGAUAAAACAGCAGCUGAGCGAAGCCAUAAAACAACGAGAAUCUCUCUUAGCCGAGUCCAAUAAAUACAAGGUAUUACUGGAAGAGUCCCAGCAAGACAAAGCGUCUAUGCAAAGCAACCUCGUUUAUUACAUAGAUGCAAUUCGCGAGAAAAAUCAGGAAAUGACUGAACUCAAACAGGAGAUUGACUCGCUGAAAGCUUCUCAGGAUAAUUCGCAAACCUAUCGAAGUCGCCAGGGUAAUUCCAUUUUUGCUGAAGUUGAGGACCGCCGACUUGAAGUCGAAUCCAGGCUGGAGAAGGCAACGGCGCGGCUUCGGGUUGCCGACGAGGUUAAACGGCGGUUACGGAGUCAAUUAAACGAAUGCUACGUUUCGAUGCAACUCUUGGCUAAAUACACAAGCAAAGCAGAUCAGAAUUAUGUUACCUCGCUAGAAAAGGAGGUAAUGAGAUUGCGGAACCAGGUCUUUGCGUGCUCAGCUCAGUUUGGUAGUAACGUAAAGGACGAGACAUUUACUGAAAGAGAUUUGCAGAACAAUCCACUAGCGGGACUCCUUAUUUCUGAGCGGUCGUGUACAACUAGUUUGAAAAAACGAAUUGAAAAGCUGAUCGUUCAAGAAGAUCAGAGGACUUACGACCUUAUCAAACUUGCAUCGGAUCUGCGCAAAUCUGAGGCAAUUGCUGAAAAGUUAAAUAAAGAACGCAAUAUUCUUCUGCUACGAUUGCAAGAGAAAAAAACAGAAGAGUUAGGCCAAAAUACUGCUUCCCCAUCCUCGGUAGUUUGCGACGAAGAGAACCAAUCGACACCCACCGUGUUCCGAGAACUUCUUACCGAAGUCGUUGAGGAGAAUCGGUGUACACGUAAAAGUGAGCAAAAAAUCAAUGCUGAUUCAGAUCUGAUUGUGACGGUUAAGGCCUCUCUCCUCUCUGAGACUGCAUCAAUCGAGCGGAUGCGUAAUCAACACGUGACCACCCAGCAGAGCUUAUUGCAGCCGACAGAACAAUGCUUGAAAGACGGAAUGGUAUCGUGUGAUAACAAAAAAGACAGCGCCGAUGUUACAAGCCAGUGUACAUUAUCGGAUGAUCAAAAGGCUGAUAUCAAGGAGGUUGGUGUUAUGAUGGGCACAGCUGUGGAAGAAGACACUAAAGGAAAAUCUAAAGAUCAAAAGCUUCGUGGGCAACAAGUACACAUCGUUAAAAAAACGAAAAUUCAACAAAACCCAGAAGCAUGUAAGCCGCAAUAAGUAUUACUUCGUCAUUCUUUAAAUGACUAUAUCCAGACUUUCAUGAAAUGAGACAUUAUUUGAAAAUGUGACUUUGUUCAGCAAAUAAAUUUGAAUAAAUCUUUGA